AUGGGGAAGAUCCAGGGAAACAAGCUCUUGUUGGGUCUUGUGUUUAUUGGGUUGGUGAUUUUGGUGCUGGCGGGCAGUGGGGAAGGUCAAGAUCAAGGUUUUCUCAUAAAUUGCGGAACAAGUUCUACGAUUCAAGUCGAUGGCAGGAAUUGGACAGGGGACUUGGCUCCUAGCAACAGUAAUCUCACUCUUAGCUCCCCUGGGUUCUCUGCCACGACCUCGGAACCCAUCGGCGAUUCCAUAUUUAGCCAGCUCUAUAAAACUGCCCGGAUUUUCACCACCGACUUUAACUAUACCUUUCACGGUGUUCAGGGCGCUUCUUACUUCCUCAGGCUCCAUUUCCAUCCCGCCCAGUUCCAGAACUACAACGCUAGCGAAUCCUUGUUCAGUGUUGCGGUCAAUGGCCUUCGACUUCUGUCCGAAAUCAGUGUCGCCGGGGACAUUUCCCACAGGAAUUCCAUCUUGUUGAAGUCAAGCAGCAACUCGAGUUUUCCCAUUUCCUUGGUGAAGGAGUACAUUCUGACUGGCAACGGUACUGAGCUUGUGGUUGAGUUCAUUCCCGCGAAAGGAUCAUUUGGGUUCGUGAAUGCGAUAGAGAUUGUUGAAGUGGAGUCCACGAUUUUCCCUGAAACAUUGAGCAAAGUUGGGGGAGGUGAUGUUAGCCUUGGCCCAAGCCGAAGAGGGAUCGAAACUAUGCACAGGCUGAACGUUGGUGGUCACCAGAUUAACCCGGAUCAAGAUUCGGGUCUAGGGAGACUGUGGGAAGAUGAUUCCAGCUACAUGGUCACUGCAAAUGCCGGCUUCGAAAUCCACAAUAGCUCCAACGUCACCUACGCUUCUUCUGGUGCCUCGGUGGUGGCUCCUCUUCUUGUCUAUGAAUCAGCAAGAGCCAUGUCCAACACGCAGGUGUUGGAGAAGAGGUUCAACAUGUCGUGGAGGCUCGAAGUCGAUCCAGGUUUCGACUACAUGGUUCGGCUCCACUUCUGUGAGCUCGAAUCCGAUCGAGCUAACCAGAGGAUUUUCAGGAUCUAUAUAAACAACAAGACGGCUGCUGACAAUUUCGAUGUGUACGCAAGAGCUGGAGGGAAGAACAAGGCUUACCAUGAGGAUUUUUUCGACGUGCUGUCUUCUGGUAUCAACACGAUUUGGGUUCAAUUGGGCCCUGAUGCUGCUGGGGGGGCUCCAUCGACUGAUGCUCUGUUGAGCGGGCUCGAGGUUUUCAAGCUGAGUCGAAACGGGAAUCUGGCCUACGUCAAUAAACUCGAUUCUCCAGGGAAAUCCAGAAGGAGCGGAGUUUCCAGGACUCUGUUGGUUGGAAUAGGAGCAGUUAUAGGCUGUAUUGCCAUCAUGGCAACUUUAGGCGGCAUCUUCUGCUGCUACUCGAUAUGCAUGAAGUUGAAUAGAGAAGAACCUGGUAAGAAGAAUCCUAGUACAGGCUGGCGUCCGCUAUUCAAUGUUCAUGGUACAGUAGGUGGUGGUGGGACCCAGAACCCCGGCGGAAGUGCUGGUUCAGUUAGAAUCGGCAGGUGGUUCACAUUGGCUGAAAUCCGAGCAGCAACGAACAACUUCGACGAUGGUUUGGUUAUUGGAGUUGGCGGUUUUGGGAAGGUGUACAAAGGCGAAACUGAAGACGGUUUAGUCAUGGCAAUCAAGCGGGCGAACCCACAGUCGCAGCAAGGGUUGGCUGAAUUCGAGACGGAGAUAGAAAUGCUGUCCAAGCUGCGGCACAGGCAUCUGGUGUCCAUGAUCGGAUUCUGCGAAGAAAACCAUGAGAUGAUAUUGGUAUACGAGUACAUGUCAAACGGGACGCUUAGAAGCCAUUUGUUUGGAAGUGAUGGUAAUCCAUUUAUGACGUGGAAACAGCGCUUGGAGGUGUGCAUUGGUGCAGCUAGAGGGCUCCAUUACCUCCACACAGGUGCCGACAGGGGGGUAAUCCAUCGUGAUGUGAAGACGACGAACAUAUUGCUGGAUGAGAAUUUUGUGGCAAAGGUGGCAGACUUCGGGUUGUCGAGAACCGGUCCGGGUUGGGAUCAUACCCAUGUCAGCACUGCUGUGAAGGGAAGCUUCGGGUAUCUGGAUCCCGAGUACUUCAGGAGACAGCAGCUGACUGAGAAAUCCGAUGUUUACUCUUUUGGUGUGGUGUUGUUCGAGGUUGUCUGUGCUCGAGCAGUGAUCAACCCGAGCUUGCCGAAAGACGAGAUCAACCUUGCUGAGUGGGCAAUGAGGUGGCAGCGACAGAGGUCCCUGGAAACUAUUAUUGACCGGCGUCUCGAGGGAAGUUAUUCCCCUGAAUCGAUGGAGAAGUACGGGGAGAUAGCGGAGAAGUGUCUGGCUGACGAAGGAAAGAAUCGACCAACAAUGGGGGAAGUUUUGUGGCACCUGGAGUAUGUAUUGCAGCUUCAUGAAGCUUGGCUGCAGCUGCAACAGGCAAACCCAACUGAGGUGUCUAUUUCUGGUGGCCACCAGAGUAUAGAAGCCAGCCAAGAACAUCAAGAACAACAAACGUCGACUCCCCAGUCCCACAUUGACGAAGAUCAAGUGUGA